AUGUGCCACCACUUUGCCCGCUCUUGCAUGUCCAUCACCCGUACCCGUCGUAUUAGAAGGGUAAGCCAGUUCUCUCAAGGCACCGGAAGAAUGUGCAAAAUUUACUUCGUUAGAGCUAUCAGCAAAGGCGUCUACCAAGGCAAGUUGAGCAACGGCAAGCCAUUCAUCAUGACUAAAGCCGACAUUCGUGCAGACCCGAAGUCAUACCACCUUCGCAAGGAGGCGGGUCAUCACAACUGCUAUCGACUGGUGUGCCAGGCGGUUGAAAGGUAUCGCGAGGUGAGUGCCAUCGGCGCAGCCUGCGGCCCCAUGCAGAGGGACAUGCCCAACAGACCCAAAACAGUCUACCACUUCUGUAAUGGUGAGAGGGUUACAGAUCUGGAGCUGAAAGAAGACGAGGAUAUCGCGCACUACGACAUCGUCAACAUCAAGGACCCUGACGGUGAGACAACAAGGAAGUAUCUCAGAGAGACGUGUUGGAUCUCAUCCGACGAUGAUACCACGCCUUUCGCUCAAGACGAGGACUGA